GCUACUACUACUACUACGUACUCAUCUUAUAAUUAAAUCAUUAUUACAUUUAUUUAACUUUAAGAUGGCUGCUGAAAUCAUUGCCUCUACCAUUCUCAAUGUUCUUUUUGAGAAGCUUGCCGAUGAGGCCUUGAAGAAACUUGCUCGGUCGAAAGGAAUUCAUUCGGAGCUUGGCAGACUAAAGGCCACGUUGACCGAGAUCCAAGCUCUUCUUAACGAUGCUUCUCGCAAGGAAAUAGCCGAUGAAGCUGUUAAAAUCUGGCUCGACAGCUUCCAACAUGUGGCCUAUGACAUCGACGAUGUGCUAGAUGGUUUGGCAACCGAAGCUAGGCAUCAGGAGAUGAUGACGACACAUGAAUCUUCAAGCUCAAUCUCCACCAAGGUAAAGAAGCUCAUAACUCCAGCUUGUUGCGCUAGUUUGUCACUUAGUAAUAGAUUGCAUCACAAGCUAGAUAUUAUAAACACUAAGUUACAACAGCUAGAAAACAGAAAGUCUGAUCUAGGUUUGAUAUUGGUGAAAGAUGAGAAGCCCAAAACUAAGAGUAAUAGAAUCCAGACUAGUUUAGCAGAAGCCUCUACCAUUAUUGGAAGAGAAGAGGAUAAAGAGAAAUUGCUCCUUAAGUUGUUGGUAGAUGAGCCACGUGAGGUGAAGUUUAGUGUUGUACCAUUAGUUGGUUUGGGUGGGGUAGGUAAGACUACUCUAGCUAGACUUUUGUAUAACGAAACACGUGUGAAUGAUCACUUUGAACUCAAGUCGUGGGUUUGUGUUUCUGAUGAGUUUGAUGUGUUUAAGAUAAGCGAAACGAUAUUUCGAUCUGUGACUGGGGAAGAUAGGAAGUUUGAAGAUUUAAAUGAGCUUCAAAUGGAUCUUAGAGAGCAACUUAAGGAUAAACGGUUUCUACUAGUAUUUGAUGAUGUGUGGAGUGAAAGCUAUGAUGAAUGGGAGAACCUUGUUCGCCCAUUUCAUUCAGGGGCUCUAGGAAGUAAAAUUAUCAUUACGACUCGUAAAGAGAGCCUGCUUAGAAAGCUAGGUUUUGACCGUCUAGACCAUCUUAGAAGUUUGUCACAUGAUCAUGCUGUGUCUUUAUUUGUUGAACAUGCAUUAGGUGUACAUACCUUUGAUUUAUAUCCGGGACUCAAACCACUAGGUGAAGGCAUUGUGAAAAAAUGUGGUGGUUUGCCUCUGGCAUUAAAAGCUAUGGGUAGGUUAUUAAGGACAAAAACAAAUGAAGAAGAGUGGAAUGAUGUGUUGAAUAGCGAGAUCUGGGAUUUAGAAAGCGUUGAUGAAAUUGUUCCAGCCCUUAGGCUAAGUUACCAUGAUCUCCCAGCAUAUUUGAAGCAGUUGUUUGCAUACUGCUCCUUGUUUCCUAAGGACUUUGUCUUUGACAAGGAAAAGUUGGUUCUAUUAUGGAUGGCAGAAGGAUAUUUGAAGCAUUCACCUGCAGGUAGCAAGUCACCAGAACGCUUGGGUAAUGAAUAUUUUCAGCUCUUGUUAUCAAGGUCGUUCUUUCAACAGGACCCUAAUGAUGAAUCGUUGUUUGUGAUGCAUGACCUCAUGAAUGACUUGGCUACUUUUGUUGCUGGAGAGUUUUUCAUAAGGUUUGACAAUCAAAGAGGAAUGGAAAAUGAAACUUUGGCAAAAUACCGCCAUAUGUCAUUUAUUCGUGAGGAAUAUAUUGGUUACCAGAAGUUUGAGGCAUUCAAAAGGGCUAAAAGUUUGAGAACAUUCUUUGUGGUGUCUGGGGCGAGACAAAGUAGGGGCGCCUUCCACUUAUCUAAUAAGAUUUUGAUUGACUUGCUUCCUGGGUUAACGCUCUUAAGGGUGCUUUCUUUAAGUCAUUCUAAUAUAAAAGAGGUAGAGUUCAUUGGUAGUUUGAAGCAUUUACGAUAUCUUAAUUUAUCUCAUACGGAAAUCAGAGAGUUGCCUGAAAAUGUUGGAAAUCUUAUUAAUUUACAGACUUUGAUUGUUUUUGGUUGCUUGUAUUUAUAUAAGCUACCUAAAAGCUUCUUAAGGCUUAAUAAUUUAAGGCAUUUUGAUGCUGGGGAUACUUGGCUCAUAAAGAAGAUGCCCUUAGGAAUUGGUGGCUUGAAAAACCUACAAACUCUCACCAAGAUCAUUAUUGAAGGGAAUGAUGGCUUUGCAAUAAAUGAGCUUAAAUAAUUAAAGAAUCUCCAUGGGAAAACAUCCAUAAAGGGGCUGGAGAAAGUUACAAACGCAGUCAACGCAAGGGAUGCAAACUUAUUGCAAAAAAAGCUUACAGAAUUAGAGUUGGAAUGGAAUGAAGUGUUUAGUGGUCCUCGAAAUGAAACACUUGAAAAGGAGGUCCUUGGUGAGCUGAUUCCUCAUAGUGAUAAGUUGAAAAGCCUGAAAAUUGUUUCAUAUGGAGGAUCAGAGUUCCCAAAAUGGGUUGGGAAUCCCUCAUUUCGUGAGUUGAUUCAUGUGUCCUUACAUUGUUGUGGAAAAUGUACAUCUCUACCGCCACUUGGGCAGCUACCUUCACUUAAAGAGCUGUUAAUUGUAGGCAUGGUUGAGGUUAAAGUCAUAGGUUUAGAGUUACUUGGGACUACUGGCGUUGCAUUCCCUUCCCUUGAAAGUCUAAGUUUUGAAGAUAUGGCGAGUUUGGAGUCAUGGUCAACCAACAGUGGGGUUGUAGGUUCAGUGUUUCCAUGCCUUCAAAAGCUUAAAAUAGAAAAGUGCCCCAAGUUGCUUGACGUGUCAGUUGAAGCACUCCCUUCACUAAGAUUUUUGAAGAUUGAUAGAUGUCAUGAUAAUGUGUUGAGAAGUCUGGUUCAGAAAGCUUCACUAAUCACGAAGUUGAAAUUAGUCAAAAUUUCAGGGCUUACUAAUGAGGCAUGGAGAGGUGUUAUAGAACAUCUUGGGGCUGUUGAAGAAUUAACUAUCCAAGGGUGUGAUGAAAUAAGAUACCUGUGGGAAUCAGAAGCAGUGGCAAGUAAGGUUCUUGUGAAAUUAAGGAGCUUGAAAAUAUUAUGGUGUGAUAGUUUAGUGAGUUUAGGAGAAAAAGAAGAGGAUAGUUUUGGAAACAACAACAUCAUAACAUCUAUUAAGACGUUGGAGGUAUGGUCAUGUUCGAGUAUGGAGCGUUGCAUUUUCCCUGAUAGUAUUGAGAGUUUAAAAAUCGAUCAUUGUAGCUCAAUUACACAUGUCUCUUUCACAACAAAAACAGGAGGGCAAAAGCUUAAGUCACUUGAAAUAACCGACGGUAACAAACUGGGACAAAGUUUUUACACUACAAACAUGCCAGUUGUUGAAGUGGUAGAAAUUAUAAGAUGGCCAGAUCUAAAAUCGAUCAUUAACUUUAGUUCCUCCAUUCACCUCACCAAGCUGAUGAUACAUGAUUGUGGCAUUAUAGAAUCAUUUCCUGACCUCCAGCUGUCCAAUAUCGCCUCCUUAAAACGUCUGGAAAUCACAAAUUGUCCAGGUAUGGAUGCCUCUUUUCCUCGUGGGCUUUGGCCUCCGAAACUGCAUACCCUUGUAAUAGGGGGGUUGAAGAAGCCCGUCUCGGAGUGGGGUCCUCAGAGUUUUCCGACUUCCCUUGUGGAACUGAAGUUAGUUGGAGAACAAGUGGCUAAUUUUAGUCAAUUGUCAGAUCUUCUUCCUUCAUCUCUUCCUUUUCUUCAUAUAUCUGAAUUUGAGAAACUGGAAUCACUUUCGGCAGGACUAGAACACCUCACCUCCCUGCAACAUCUCUUAAUUCACACAUGCCCAAAGUUGAAACAACUACCAAAAAUGUUGUUGCCUUCACUUUUGAGAUUGGUAAUUUCUGAUUGCCCAAAGUUGAAAGAAAGGAGUACCGGGAGAGGCUCCCACUACUGGCCCCUCAUCUCUCACAUCCCCUACAUCGCCAUCUCAAGCGGACUGCUGAAUGAUGACAUAGCUGAGCUGAUGUUGAGACUUAUUAUUGAUAAUCCAUCACUCAUUGUCACGCCCCCCAGCAAUAGUGAUAGCAGUAGAACUGCUGAGGAGGUGCACAGACGUUAUAGUUCGUACGUAGCUGCAAAUGACAAUUAACAACCAACGAAUAAUUAGAGUUUUCGGGACGUGCAGUGGCGUUCUGCACAAAUUAAGAAAACGUUACUUAAAGUUUUAUUAAGUUACUAGGAGUGUUGUGCGAUGUAAGUACAUAUAAAGAGUUGUCUCCUGCGAAUAGAAACUCUAAAUGAAUACAAUUUCAAUUUUAUCGAA